UCGUGGUUUUGAGUUCAAAGUUGAAUUAUGCAGCACAUGUGAACAAAUAUGGCUGCGCUCACUAGUGACUAUUGAAGAUCAAAGCAUUGCAUUUCAAACUCCAAAAUUCACGGGACGCGAUGUAGAAAAAUGAUAAUAAAACCUAAAAAUCCACAAGUGACGGUGGAUCGGGUGUAAAUCUGUACCCUCAACAGAUGACGCAGUGAGUUUAAGUGGACUAAAUUCACAGUGCACAAUCCUUAGUCAGUUAUUUUAGCGAUUACGUAAUUAAUCUAUCUUUACGGGUUACCAUGUCGGAGAAUACCCCACCUAUCAAAGACACGGGGGGAGUGCUUCCGAAAUCGGUCAUCGUGGAAUUACUCGUAUCGAAGUACGAGCGACUCCCAGAGAAAGACAAGCGGUAUUUUACCAGUGGCCCAGUGUUUCUUGGAGGGACCGCUGCGGUUGUAGGACUUGUUGCAAAUAGUGUUUUUCGACGAACCCUCAAUAUCACCCAGGGCCUGUUUACGUCAAGUCUUCCUAUGGCGGUUCUACCGUUUCUGACAACAGUGGCGUUCUACCAAGUCACUAUAAUUAAUCCUCUGUUGUCAGGAGAUCUCAACUGUGCAACCUGCACCAUAAUCCGAGGUGGGCUUGUUGGAGGGCUUGCUGGUGGCCUGUAUCCGGUUAUGUUGGCAUUACCCGUCAGUGGCGGCCUUGCGACAAGAUACAACUCCUCACCAAUGCCAGAGAAGGGAAAUGUGCUUCGGUUCUGGAUCACCCUCACUCAGCCCGUUCUGAGGAAAAUGAGUGUGGUGGUGUUGCUACAGUCUCUUUUUGGCAUUUGCCUAAGCUCGAUGCACUACGGGAUCUACACGAAGAUGCUUGAAUUGCCAGCCUCAGACAGCGAAGAACUGACAGAAUAACUCCAAAUAUUUUUUAUUUUUUGUUAAAGAAAAAUGCCUUGUGUGCAUGCCUGUUUAUUUUUGUUCAGUAGUUCAAGAUAAAACCUGUACACUGCUGGCUUACAAUGUUCCGAAUUACACAUUAAGGACCCAAUAAAUGUUUCGGUACGACAAUUCA